AUGCCUCAAGAAGACAAAGAAACGAAGCCUCAUCAUCCACUGAGAUCUCUCACAAUCUUUCUCAUCUGGAUAUUCGCUCUCUACGUGGCAGUUAUCAUUAUAAGAGGUUCUGAGCCAACGAAGACCACGCCUUCCAGACCUUCAGAAUUCCAGUCUGUGAAGCAUAACGGUGUCUGUAAAUCACCGGAAUGUAUCCUUCUCGCUCAUCAAUUGCACAAUUGGCGAGAUGUCUCCGUGGAUCCAUGUCAAAACUUUUAUAAAGCUGUAUGCGGAAAGUAUAAUGAGGAUACGCUGGUUGAUGGGCAUAGAAUGAUGAAGAAAACGAAAAUUGUGGAACAACUUUUAAAAGAAUUCCUCGAACAACCAUCCACUUCCACUUCCAAGUCUGAGAAAGCAAUGAAGACGUUUUACAAGAUAUGUGAACGUGCUAAAACUCAGAAUGAAACUGAAUAUUAUCAACAACGAGAAGUGACUUCAACUGAGAUUUCCAAAAGAAUUGGAUCCAUACCAUUUCUUGACAAAAAUUGGACGGAAUUAAAUUUCGAUUUGAAUGACAUGAUAUCGAACUACUCCUCACUUGGUAGACUAAACCUCGGACUUUUUAUGAUCCCAUCUAAUUAUCGUGAUGUCUUUAUUGGAAGAGAUUUGCUGUUUUCGAAAGAAGAACUCGCGGAAGUGAAACAGAUGUAUCUAAACGACAACUCAACUUUGAUAGAUUUUCCGACGUUUGAAGAAGAUUUCAAGAAUAUGGAAACGUUCAAUGAAGAGUUAGAAAAAUUUGAAGAGCAAUGGGACUUGUCGUCGUUCACUAAACUCUCUGAUCUCCAAGCGCAUUUGCCUAGUUUGGAUUUCGAGAGGAUUCUGAAGAAUCUAUUCAAUUCGAAACAUAAAGAUGAAGUGUGGGAGACUAUUAGGCAGAGGCUACUAGUUCCGAAACUUUCCUUCUUUUUCAAUGAGACUUAUAAUCUCGAAACAAUAUUACAAACUACAUCGAAGCGAGUUUUGGCCAAUUAUUUCGGUGCCUACUUCCGUUUUUUGAUGGAGGAAGAUAAUAGGGACAAACCGGAUGGAAACGUGGAUUGUGCCAAGAAAGUCAUUGAAAAACUUCCACUUGCCUCUCUUCGAGUCUUCGCCCGUAACCAUUUUGAUAAGGAGAAUCUCCGAUUGGCAUCUGAUAUGGUUGAGGAUAUCCGACAGAGUUUUGUAGAGAUUAUCCAGCAAUCCACGUGGCUUAGUCAACCAACUAAACUGGCGGCUAUUCGAAAGAUAGAACAUAUGCAGAAAUUGGUUGGGUAUCCGAAUGAUUUGGAAGUUCCAGGAGCACUUGAUAGCUAUUUUGAUACGCUCCACCUAUCCGAGGGAAUGUCUUAUCUUGCUGCGGAAGUAGAACUCGACCGAUUCCAUACCGAACAAGUUAUGAACUUUCACGCCUCGCUUCUCUCCAUCAAACCUGACGAGAUGUACGUCGAAACAAAUGCAUACUACAUGCCAGAUCUCAACAAAUUGACUAUAAAUGUUGCUCUUUUGGACGAACCAUUCUUUGAUUCAACCUACCCAAAAUAUGCGAAAGUUGCCAGUAUUGGUGAGCUGAUUGGGCAUGAAAUCGGGCAUGGUUUCGAUCCAUACGGAAGAUUGAUGGAUGAGAAUGGAGGAUACAAGGAUUGGUGGACACCUGAAGACUCGGCGGAGUACGAUAGAAGAGCACAGUGCCUGAUAGAUCAGUACACUGGGUAUGACGACCCGGAUUUUGGGAGAAAUUUGAAUGGAAGUAUAACUAUUGGGGAGAUGGCAGCUGAUCUUCUUGGGAUUAAUGUUUCGUGGAAGACGUAUAAGAAAGUGGAUUUCUCGAGUGAGCCAAGUAUUUUUGGGUUUGAAGACGAGAAACCGGAUAAACUAUUCUUCCAUAUGACAGCUCUGACAUGGUGCCGUGCACGAGACUCCACACCACUCGCUACAAAACAGAGAAUGCUACAUCCAACCAGUAGUUUCCGUGUGAAUGGAGUGUUCUCGAAUAUGAAAGAGUUCGCGGAAGCAUUCAAUUGUCCGGUUGGAUCACCGAUGAAUCCCAAAAUGUCCGAAUUUCUGAAAAACAAUCCGACGGCUCUUCGCACUUGUAUUUUCUACGAGUCUCGCCGCACUAAAAACGUCGAAGAGGCAUUCAAAAACUUCUGUGAGGCAAUCGGAGUCGAUGUGAUUGAAUAUGUGGAUUUCGAGUAUUGGUUCUAUCGAUUUUAUCACGGAAAUCUGGAUUUCGAUCAUGAUAGAAGUGCCGAUCCGAAGGCGCUCAUUCUCACCGAUUUACCAAUGGAAAUGCUCAAUGAGAUUGUCGGAAAUCUGGAUAUUUGGAAUAGAUUCAAUGUCCGAAAAGUUUCAAAAAAGUUAGAGAACAUUGUCGACAGUUUCAAAUCGAAGUACGACAAUAUUACCAUCGAAUUUGAGAGACAAAACGUGUUUCUAUAUAUUAAGAAUAGUAAUGUUUAUUACGAAAAAGAGAAGACUGGUUUCAUGCGAAGUGCCAACAAGAAUCAAAAAUUGAACAGUCAACUGAGUGAUGUGUCGACAGUUCUGACCAACUCGAAAUCUCCUAUCAAUUAUUUUUUUAUUUCAACUCUUUGUUCCGAGAUCAUCGACACCGAGCAGAAAUUGAUCGACGCAUUUUCCAAAGAAAUAAGUCCUGUAUUCUAUGCAAAACAUAUUCGGCUAGAAUUACAACACAAUGAAUAUGUCAUUCAACUUGUGUCGCUGUUCAAACCUGGAGUACUUGAACACCUUAACCUGAAUGUAUGUAAAUGUGACGACGAUACUUUCGCGAGACUCGUCGAAAUGGACCAGUUCAAACAAUUGAAAUCGAUCAAAUGGUAUAGAUGUAAACCGCUUUCUCUCUCACAAUUCAAGCAAUUGUCUCAUUUGACCACUUUUGAGGUACGCAUAGGCGAUGUUUCAGCAGAAGAGAUUAUUAUCAUUCGAGAUAUUCUUUCGCAGUUUGCCAAUCUAAGAAGAGCCAACAUUUCACUGUGCAGUUUCAUGAAACUCUCUGAAAUUGGUACAUCUCUCGGAAUCGACUACGACACAUCAGGACUAAUCACUUAUCGUCAUCCGAUUUCGAAUAGUGAUAAAUCUCUCAUUUUGUACAUUGACCGUUGCAGUAUCGAAGUGACUAUCGAAAAUAAUUAG